UUCAGUCUGGGAAAGACACCAACAAACUCUGCUAGUAAGGACAGAAGAUCUCCUCCAGUGAUUGAUAGAGAGGAUGAGCUCAACCAGCAUCAGUGAGCAGGAGUGUGUGACAUGGAGAACUCUUCAUGGCCUCCAAGUCAUCUCCCUCACGCCUGCUGAGACUGAGGACCAGCUGCUGUCGGCUGUGUGUGGUGGAGACGUGAGGAAAGUCAGAAAUAUUCUUGAUGGUGAGAAAUCUCCGAGGGAUCUCUUGAGGGCAGACGCAGAUGGCUGGACCGUGAUCCACGAGGCGAGUUAUUAUGGAAAAGCGGAGUGUCUGAAGCUGCUGCUUACAGCUGUUCCUGACAUGAUUAACUCUCAAACCCGUAAACACCAGACUCCUCUGAUCCUCGCUGUGUCCCGGGAGCAUUUCCUCUGUGUGGAGUAUCUUCUGGAGAAAGGGGCAGAUCCCAAAAUUCCCACUGUAACCAAUGAGACACCUCUGUAUGAAGCGUGUGCUACAAGUAACGUUCGCAUGGUCCAUCUCCUGCUGAGACAUGGAGCAGAUGUCAAUCAGAGAUGUUUUGAUGGAUGGACAGCUCUGCACGAGUCAGUGUCUCAGGAUGCUUUGGAGAUCUGUGAGCUGUUAGUGGAACAUGGAGCUAAGAUCUUCUCACGGAACAUCUACGGAGUCACUCCGCUGUUCCUUGCUGCUCAGUGUGGACACCUGGAGGUUCUUCACUUCCUUAUCCACAGGGGUGCUGAUGUAAACACCGAGGCGCAAGACGGGGCCACGGCGUUGUACGAGGCCUGCAGGAAUCAUCACACACAUGCUGUGGAGCUUCUUCUGUCUCAUGGUGCUGAUGCUAACAGACCAGGAAAGGACGGACUUUUACCUCUUCACAUGGCAGCAAGACAUGGAAACCAUGGGAUCAUCUCCAAACUCCUCCCGAUCACGGAAGCGAGUGUACUCCGACGCAGCGGCAUUAGCCCCUUGCAUCUCUCAGCCGAGAACGAUGAGGACCACGCCUUGGAGCUCCUAAUCCAUGCUGGCUUUGAUGUAAACUUCCUGCUUUCUCGGGCUCUUUCCUGCCUGUAUGAAGACCGUCGCGUGUCGGUGCUGUACUUUGCUGUACAUAACAGGAACCUAGAGGCUACCAGGAUGCUCCUGGAGGCUGGUGCUGAUCCAAACCUGGACCCAUUCAAUGUCUUGUUGCUGGCUGUGAGGCAGGGUGAUGUCCACAUGGCUACAUUACUGCUGGAGCAUGGAGCUAACGUUAACGCCUCACUCCCUACACGCCCCAGCAACUUUCCUGCCUGCCUGAUGCUCAGCGUCUGGAACAUGGCCAUGAUAAAAUGCCUACUGGACCACGGCUGUGAUGCAGGAGCAUGUUUUCAGUGUGAGUAUGGUGCUGAAGAGCAUCCGACCUACAACAGGAGCCAGACGGAGACACUCCCAUGUUUACAGUUCUGUGAGAUGUUCUCAGCUCUCUCGGGCUGUGUCAGGACGGGACGUGUCAUUGACCUGCUCCUGGAUUAUGUCUCUCAGGGAAAACUCUGCUCCAAUCUCCAGAAACUGCUGGAACGGGACGAAUCCUGGACGCAAAUCAGAGAUAAAUCGAUGCUUCCUCAGAGUCUCAUGCACCUGUGCCGCGUCCAAAUACGACAGUUCCUGGGAAUAAAUGGACUGAAGUGUCUCAGGAGCCUUCCAGGAAGAUUAAUCAGGUUCCUCAACCACGAUGUGCAGGGUGAAAAAGAUCUCCUGUAGCUUCAAACUGACUGUGACAACGCGCUGACACUUCCAUAAACCUCUGCAGUAUCCUGUACAACAUCCUGUCAAAGAACUGUUGCUAUGGAAACAAUAACACAUCCGUACAGAAGCGCUGCUGUUCAAGUGAAUGAACUAAACCCAUACCUCCUGACCAAUCAGAGAGCAGGAUUCAGCAGCAAUGUGAUGUACCAAGGAAACAUCAUGUACGUAGGGAUUUUGCUAGAUUGUAUUGCAUGUCAAAAAUUACAAUUAUUAUAUAAAUUAUAAUAAACUUUUAGCAGUA